UCAAUUCCAAUUCUGUGUACUUUCUUUGGGGUUUCAGAAAUGGGAGGGCAAAGGACCCAGUCUGGAUCAUCAUCCCAAUCAUGGUUCUCAAAUUUCUCUUCUUCAGCUCUAAGAGUAAAAACCCUUAAUGGGUUACCUCCAUCUGGUUCUUCUUCUUCAUCAUCAAAUGAAGGUCUAAUUCGUCGUCUUGGUCUAUUUGAUCUUAUUCUUCUUGGUAUUGGUGCUUCGAUUGGUGCUGGUAUUUUUGUUGUUACGGGUACUGUUGCUCGUGAUGCUGGACCUGGUGUUACGAUUAGUUUUAUAUUUGCGGGAGGAGCGUGUGUGCUCAAUGCAUUGUCUUAUGCUGAGUUGGCUUCAAGAUUGCCUGCUGUUGUUGGUGGAGCGUAUCUGUAUACAUAUGUGGCUUUCAAUGAGCUUACUGCGUUUCUUGUUUUUACACAAUUGAUGCUUGACUACCAUAUUGGAGCAGCUAGUAUAGCAAGAAGUUUGGCAGGUUAUCUAGUUUCAGUACUAGAACUCUUCCCCUUUUUCAAGGAGGUUAUUCCGAGUUGGAUUGGAAGUGGGGGGCUAGAAUUCUUCGGUGGAGUUGUAUCAAUUAACUUGUUGGCUCCAAUUCUCCUUGUGUUGUUAACAAUAAUUCUGUGUCGAGGUGUUGGAGAAUCCUCAGCUGUGAACUCUUUUAUGACUGCUACCAAGGUAGUCAUUGUCCUUAUUGUUAUUUUUGCUGGAGCAUUCGAAGUUGAUGUAUCUAACUGGACCCCUUUUGCUCCAAAUGGUUUUAAAGCUAUUGUUACGGGAUCAACAGUUGUAUUUUUUGCAUAUGUUGGAUUUGAUGCUGUAGCUAAUUCAGCAGAAGAGUGCAGAAAGCCACAGAGGGAUCUUCCAAUAGGAAUCCUUGGAAGCCUUCUUGUAUGUGCAAUUUUGUAUAUCGGUGUCUGCUUAGUAAUUACCGGAAUGGUACCUUACCAACUUCUUGGUGAAGAUGCUCCAUUGGCUGAAGCCUUUACGUCAAAAGGCUUGAAAUUUGUAUCAAUUUUAAUCAGCAUAGGUGCUGUUGCGGGACUUACUACAACACUUCUAGUUGGUUUAUAUGUUCAGUCUAGGUUAUAUCUUGGACUUGGAAGGGAUGGCUUACUACCUUCAAUAUUUGCAAAAGUGCACCCAACCCGCCAUACCCCUAUUCAUUCUCAGAUUUGGGUGGGUCUUGUUGCUGCUAUCAUGGCAGGGCUAUUUAACGUGACUAUGCUCUCACAUAUUCUCUCCGUUGGCUCCUUGACGGGUUAUUCAGUUGUCUCGGCAUGUGUUGUGACCCUUCGCUGGAAGGAAAAAGCAGCAAGCCAAUUUUCUACAAAGUGGAUCUCAAGCCGACAAGAAGGCAUCAUUUGCCUCGUUGUAGUUGCCUUGAGUGGGUUUACUGCUGGACUUUGCUACCGUUUCAACGCGUCAUUUAUUUUCAUGAUUGUAGCUGCAGUAGUUGCUGUAAUAUCUGGCGGUGCUCUUCAUUUUCGUCAAGUGUACACAGAACCAUCAGGAUUUUCUUGUCCUGCAGUUCCUAUUUUACCAGCCGCUAGUAUUUUCGUAAACAUUUUCUUGUUUGCUCAGCUACACGAAGAAGCAUGGGUGAGAUUUGUUGUCCUAAGCAUCAUUGCAGUUCUUGUUUAUGCAUUUUAUGGACAAUUUCACGCUGACCCAACUUCGAAUCAAACAAUAGUUUACCAUAGAACAGCUACAGAAGAAUCUUAAAACAGUGAAAUAGUUCCCGAUUCUUUCAUAAAACAUUUGUGUGUAACAUUACUGUACCAUCAAAUCAGAAACAUACCCUUCGUUGUUGUAUCACAUAAGUGGGUAUGAAUCAUAAAUGUUGUUGUAUCAGAAAUGUAUGAUUUCCAUAAUGUAAAAUUCUUUUCAAAACCGACUUUGAAUUCACUUUAAAGAUUUUAUUCUCAGUA